GGUUUCUGCAUUUCUCUGUGUUGUGAAAGUGAUAAAAUGUAUAUAAAAUAAUGAGUGUUUUAGCGGAAAAACAGCUCAGAUGAGUGACUCGGCUUCGUUCUCGGGCGCACAGGGGCGCUGUCACGCUGUAAAGGUCACGGGCGACGUGUAAAGCUCGCGCCGUGACGUGAAUCGUGUCUCGGCCCCCCCCCUAGACCCGCAGGACCCGGAGAGGCAGAAGGCUUCCUCAGUGGCAGGUCGUGUUUUUAUCGCCGGGAAUGGUGCUGUUUAGGUUCGGGGUGGUGCUCACACCCGAGCGAGGAGACAUGGAGGUGUUCGUGUCGGGAUCCCGGCCGGAGCUCGGGCAGUGGGACGCCGGAAACGCGGUGCUCAUGAAGCCGACGAGGACUCUGGCGUCCGGCUGCGACCCCUGCCUGUGGCUAGGGGAAGUGCAACUCGCUCAGCCUUACACACACAAGUUCUGGUUCAAGUUCCUCAAGCGGAUUGAUGGCAAUUAUAUCUGGGAAGGCAGUGGCCCACAUCAUGACCGGGAGUGUGUGUACGACAAAAACAACAUGGUGGACGGCGUUCACUGCCACCCGAUUGGCCACUGGAUCGAGGUGAGCGGCCACACAGACGAGAUGAGGCAUACGACAAACUUCUACUUCAGCGUCGCUGGACAACAGGCCAUGCACUUUUCCAACAUCCUGCCACGGAUUUGGCUGGGCAGUUGCCCUCGGCGAGUCGAGCAUGUCACCCUGAAGCUGAAACAUGAGCUGGGUGUCACGGCCGUGAUGAACUUCCAGACCGAGUGGGACGUCGUAAACAACUCGCACGCCUGCCGGCGUGACCCCGACGAGCACAUGAGCCCAGAAACCAUGAUGUGUCUGUACAGAGACUGCGGUCUGGCUUACGUAUGGAUCCCAACGCCAGACAUGAGCACAGAGGGACGCGUGCGGAUGCUGCCCCAGGCCGUGUACCUGCUCUACGGCCUGUUAGAAAAUGGUCACAGCGUGUACGUGCACUGUAACGCAGGGGUCGGUCGCUCUACAGCCGCCGUGUGUGGCCUGCUCAUGUACGUCCUCGGCUGGAGCCUCAGGAAGGUGCAGUACUACCUUACAGCCAGGAGGGCGGCGGUGUACAUCGACGAGGAGGCUUUGGUGCGAGCACAGGACGAUUUCCAGCUGAAGUUUGGACGUUUACGGUCCUCGGUUUGCUGCUCGGAGAUGCAGAAAGAUGGGCAGUGUUAGACUUGAACUUAAGUCAAAAUAAAAUAAAACGUAAUUUUCACUCUCA